UUUCGCUGUGUUGGAAGAGAAAGUGCAAAUGAUAAAUCAAGCGGUGGAUAAGCAAGUGUUUAGAGUAACGAUGUAGCAAGUGAGUGUUUUUAUCGGAAACCAUAGAGCGGCGGGCUUACCGCUGCGUUAUGGUCAACCAUGAUCAACCGACCAGACCACGGGAAGUGGAUCAACGGCCUUCCCAGGCACGAUCCUAGUAUGUCACGUGAACGCUCCGUCAAAGACCGGGAGCGGCAGAAGCAGCUGGCGCGGGAGAUGCGGGAGUCUCAGGCCGCGUCUGCGGUGCCAAUCCAGGACCGGGAGACGCAGCCCGUGGUGUUCGACGUGGUCCGGCGGUCUCCCAACACCAAAGUCAUUAACAACGAUGUGGAACGGGUCCUGGGCAAGUAUGAUACCUUUACGAAGGUGGGUGGAAACAGAAUGAAUAUGGUGGGUGUUGAUCAACAGCCACCCACACCCGCCCCAGCACGACAACCCAUCCAUGAUCCUGACAACUAUCCCUCGCCACCGCCACAGCCUUCAGGGCCAGGACCAGGGUCGACCUCAGGCUCUUCCAAGUCACAACGAUCCUUGCCGCCGCCGCCACCACAGUCAGCCCACAAUGGCACGACGCGACCGCCCAAGUCCCUCCCUUCCACCAUAAAGCCCCCUCACCCGCCCUCGCAUCACGCCCACCCUAAGAAUGGCGAAGUCAAGGGGAACCUGAAGAGUGGACCAGGGCCAGGACCUGGGGAGGGUGGAGGCAGGGGCUCUACAAGUUCAGCCAUGCACAAGCCUAGUCUGCCCCACCUCAAGGUCGGGGGUCUGGAUGGGAUGCCUGUGGACACCGCAAUCCAGCAGAUCAUGUCGGAGAUGUCCAUCAAGAAACCAGUCUCCGCCAUCAUCAAAACUCCCCACCAUGACUCUAACUUCCAGUUCCCCAUCACGCCCAUCAAGGAUCCCAUACCAGCCAAGGAGGGCUCAAAUCUAAGCAGGUCACGUCGGGACCCUGUCGAACUUCCACACAAAAUGGGCAACACAGUUGAACUGUCACGUCCAAGGCAGACAAAACAACCUGAUGGAAGUAAUAUUGAUGAUGACCUCGGACUCUCGGAGGAUAGUGAGGAGGAUGAGGUAAGAGUCCGUACUGCAGAGGAACGGGACAGACCCGUAACAGAUGUAAGACUAUCGGCUGUUACACACGGAGGGAUACAUGCAGCCCAAGUGCAGUCUUCAGUGAUCUUAUCCAGUAACGCAAAGCCACCACUCUCGCCAAUUUCACCAAAGACAUCAGAGGAGUCGUCCACGUCAGAUGAAUCAAGUGAUGAUUCAGAUGUGUCUUCCAACAAUACGUCUGAUGAAGAACGCCCAGACUCCCCAUCAGCUUCUCCAAAGCCUCAAGAAGAUAAAUCUCCUAAUACAUGGAAACUUAGAAAUUUUAUUCCGCAAAGGAAACCCAGCUCUCCAAUUUCCCAUGGGACGGCAGCACCUGGACCCAUACCUGGCCAGCAGCCUGAGGAUGUCCGUUCAUUGCCUGUUCCACCUACUGCUGCUCCAACAAAAGGGAAACGCUAUACUAAUAAGACUGCUGCUCCUUCAAGUUCCUCCCACCGUGAAUCUCGCUCGGUCACAGAGCUGAGAGUGCAGUCCAAGCCUGAAAAUAAUGGCCACUACUCUGACAGCUCUGGUGAGGGCGAGAGUCACCAUCGCCCCACUCCCCGUGCCACUGCAUUAUCGCAGAUUUCAAAGUCCAAAGCUGGGUUAUCUAGGAUGAGGGUGACAAAUGGACCUCAACUCAGCUCAGAUAGUGAAGAUGAGCAGGAGUCUUUUUCAUCAUGGAAAGUUGGAUCAACUCAGUCCCUGAAUGGUUCAAAUAUUUCUGGAAAGGGUGUGUCAAAAAUUCCAGAAAAACCUGCCAAAUCCAUUGUUCCCCCCAUAUCUCGUGAGACAGGUAGAAGAAACUCAAAGAAGAAUCCUGACUUAAAGAAAGAUAAUCAGGUUGGUGCCAAAUCUGAAAGUGUAAAAUCAAAACGUACCAGCAAAUCACAAAUACAAACUGACAGUGAUGACAGCAUUAUAGAUGUAGUGACUACUACCCCUGAAAAGGUGCAGUCUAGAGGUACUCCAACUUCACAACGUACUCCAUCAAGAACACCCAAAGAUUUCCCAAAGGUUAUUCCCAGUCCUGUGAAGUCAGUCCAGGCCAGCCCACAUGCAUCUCCCAUGACUUCAGUCAUUGUAUCUAGUAAAAAUAGUGCAAAGAGAUCCAGUAGUGCAAGACUCAGUGAAUCCCAGAGCUCCGAAUCUUUAGUGAGUAAAAGUGAUGAUGAAAUUCAGCCUCACACUGGCCAGAGUCAGAGUAGUUCUCAAAAGCUUGACCAGGCCAGGGACAAAGGGGGAAAGGUGAACCGAACAUUUAGCACUUUAUCCAAAAAAGAUAAGAUGGCAAGGGACAAAGACCCUUCAGAUAGUAGAAAAACAAAAAAUUGUGAUACAAGGAAAGGUAGUGCUGCUAAUAAAGACAUCAUUGAAAGGAGUAAAACCGAUAGAAGCAGAACAGUGAGUGAGCCCAGCCUGGCAGAUUGCAGAAAUGAGGGAAGGCCAGGUGCCUCUCCUAUAGUUAGUAAUAAGCUUUGUGAGUCUCCUAUAGUUAGUGCAGAACCAAAAGUGCCCAUACCCCAAAUACAGUAUGAAAAUGGUGUAGCAAGACUCACUUGUACAAUUCCCCUUAGCUUUAUUGAUAAAGUGCCCAAACACAGUGAAAACAGUGCAUCAAGUAUAUCCAAAACUGAUAUUAAACAGGAAGUAGACACAAAAGAUAUACUUGAUCAUGUGAUCCUAAUACUAAAGCAUCAUGUAAUGAAGAUAAGUCGAAGUCUAUAAUUUUAACGUCCAUAUUUAAAUACAAAACUGAACAAGAGAAAGUUAAAAAGGAAAUAAAAACUGAACCAGUCAAUAGUGAUGAAGAAGAUUCAGAGAAAGUUGACAUCAAGCUUUCUCACAAAGUUAAAGAGGAACCUGAUGACACACCAUUGGUCAGACCUGGUAGUGUAAGACAGCGUAAUGUCUCAGCCAGUCCAAUGUCAUCUGUUGCAUCAGAUAGUUCUACAUCACGUCAACAUCAGAAGAAGAAAAAGAAAGAUAAACAGCCAGAAAAAUCUCCACCUUCUCGAGACAGGAAGAGGGCACACAGUAAUAGUGAACGUAUCCCAUCUGAACAUGGAAGUGUACCUCCAGCUGAUAGCAGUUCCAGUGAAGUCCGUAGAAGCAGGCGAGACACAAGUGUCGAGAGUGAACGCAGUACCAUCACACGUAAAAGGGAGCAUGAACGGGAUAGCAGUUUGGAGAGUACUAAGAGCAGCUCGCGCAGUACCAGUGAAUCAACGGAAAAGCGCAGCAAAAAGGCUAGACUGUCAAAGGGGACUAAUGAUACAGCUGAAGUUCCUAUGAACAGUCCAGAUGUAAGAUCAGCAAGCCAGCAGAUGGUUGAUAAUAGCCAGAAUGUAUGGCCACAAGAAGAAGACAUACAGCAAUCCAAAUACACUCAAAGAUCAAAGCAUUCUCAACAUUCUAGUCAGAAGGAUUAUAAGAGCUUACCAGAAGAUUCUGGAAGAAAUCAAGCUACAGAGUUUGGUGAAGAAGAGGAGAGUGUUACAAAUACCAGUCAAACAAACCAGCUGGCUUUUAGUGGCAAGGAAAAAGGUGAAGCAAAUGGUGCAACAGCUAGCACAGAGAUGUCUGGUUAUCAGCCAAGACCCACAUCAGAACAUGAAUCCAAUGCCAGCAGUGCACUAUAUAGGUCAGCUAAUGACCAAACGGGGACAACUCAGGCAGCUGCAAUGGAUUCCUCAACAUCUGGAGCUCAUUUAGAAAGCAGUGCAUCUAUGGUACCACCUGUCACUCAUAGAUUGUCAGGUGCAACCACAGUAGUUGGAUCUGGGGCUGUACACCCUUCUCUUGCUACUGGUCGGCCAGCUGUAGACCAAGCUGUAGGGCAUGGGAACUAUGCUAACCCUCAUGAGAGACAUUAUGGCUCUUAUCUUGAAAGAUUACCAGAAGUUAAUAGGGAUUACACAUGUUACCUGAACAAAGCAAAGGAGCUAAAGCAUAUAGCUGAUGGGGAAGCUGACCGUUCUAUGCAGGCCAUGAAGUACCUAGAGGCUGCCCUCUAUUUCAUACUGAGUGGCAGGGCAAUGGAAAAUGAUCAUGACACCUCUGCACCACUCACAAUGUACAAGGAUACACUGAAUUUUAUCAAGUGGGUAUCAUCUGUAUUUAGAAGAGAAAAUCAAGAGGGAACCAUUAAUUUAAAAUUAGCUGUUAUUAGUUUAAGAUGUCAGAGUCUGUUGUCACUUAAAAUCUACAAGAUGCGCAGAAAUGAGCACAAGGAAAAUCAGAGACAACUGAAUAGAUAUUUCCAGACUGCUGCUGCAAGGGCUGGAGGAGUGGAUGGGCAUGGUAACAAUGGAAAUGGAAACAGCACAAACUGGGGCAGCCAACGGGCAACAGGAUCUCCGUCUCACUUGUCACAGACACCCUCACCUGCUGGUUCAGUAGGAUCAGAAGGUUCACAGUCCUCAGGCUACACAACAAGUACAGAGGGUACAAGACAAAAGAGUGGAGCUGCUCCUGUAGGCCACACCCCACCUCAUCCACAGCCUCCCCAUGGGCCAAUUCAGACAGUUCCUGUACCUGUCAGUAUUCAUGCUCUCAUCAUCAAACAGAACCAGUUGUCUGGCCACCUUGCCUCAGCCCAUGAUAUGUGGAUAGAAGCAGACCAUUAUGUCUACGUGCAUGGCAUGGAAGAUUUUUUCUCAGAUCUCGAUCGUCAGGCAGGCCAAUUAACCCUCCACUCUUCUCUGUAUGAACUUGUGUGCUAUGUAAUGUUUGGCCUGGAUCGCCUCAGGGGUUAGCCACUUUGGCUGCUACCUAAAUUUAGGUUCUGCCCACAUAAUGCUUCACACCCAGGCACUGCACUGUUAAAGCCAAGCAGUAAGCAUAAGAGAACCUGGAGUGGAGAUAGUACAACAAAAAAGAAAUUAUUUACUCAUCUGCAGUAGGUAAUGGGACCUCUGUUGUAGCAAGAAGCCUCAAAACCUGCACAGCUCACAUUGCCUUGUCAUCAAUAGAGUGGAUGGAUGCUGGUUUAUUCAGCUUUAACCCACAGGAUCUGGAUACUCAAGAAAAAAUCAAUUUUAAGUUUUUGAAGGAAUAUAUAGUGCAAUCUGGCUUUGUAAAAUUUCCAUAGGUUGUUUUCAGAUCUCAGAGAAAAAAAAUAUGGAGAAGAAAAUAAAACAGCUGCUUUUGGGCAGUCAUUUAACAAGGCUAACAUUCUAUGAAGUUAGUAAGUGCAGUGUCAGGGGCCCAAGAACCCAAAGUUUGGCUUCCUGGUGUGACAACUGUGAUGCCUUAUCAUUAAAUUUAGUUAUGGAUGGUUUUAUACAGAUAGUAUCUUUUUUCUCACUUUUAUUUUUUGUGUUAUAUUUCCCACCCAAAAUGUACAAAUUUGCUGAGAGGUCCAUGUGUGUGAAGACAAUGCCUUUGUGUGCUCUUAUAAAGAAGUGCAUUCAUGGCCAACCUCCUGACAAGUGCUCCAAACAACUCUCUACUUAUUAUGGUACUUGAGAGUAGCUUUAUAUACUGAUUAUGGCCAGCUUAGUUUCUCGGAAGUCAGUCAUGACACUUAAGUGAGAUAUCAAGAAUUGAUCUUCAACUUCUAGAAAUCUCUCUUUUUUUAGCUGUUUAGCUCUAGACUGUUCUGCACAUUGUAUGUUUGGAACAAAAUUGAGAAGGAUUCACACUCACUGUACUAGGCCGGCAGUGAAGCAACUUAGAAUGGUGCCAGUUUGAGAUACCAGCUGAGGUGAAGUCAGUGAUGAAAAAAUAGUUUCUACACCUCUCAGGAAA